GGGAAGAAGUGAUUGCUACAACCAGGGGGGGAAAGUGGAACAAGUUCUGGCCUGUGUGGUGUUCUCGCAACACAGUUUCUAGACACAUUUGCUUGGUGACCUACAGACGCACAAAAAAAUGGAGAGGACACAGAUAAAGAAAGUGCAAGAUAACAGGAAGACGGAGGAGGAUGUGGUGCGCCUUCGGAGGGAGAUUGGGCUGCUGCCUGCUGUGUCCUUCAUCAUUGGUACCGUGGUUGGCAGUGGGAUCUUUAUCGCUCCAAAGGGAGUGUUGAUGAACAGUGGCAGCGUGGGGCUGUCUCUGCUGGUCUGGGCCCUCUGUGGCAUCCUCUCCUUGUUUGGCGCCUUAUGUUAUGCUGAACUAGGAACCAGUUUCACAAAAUCCGGGGGUCAUUACACUUAUCUGCUAGAGACGCUGGGGCCCCUACCCGCAUUCCUACGACUCUGGGUUGAGUUCUUAUUUAUAAGACCAGCUGUGGCGUCUUAUGUCUCUCUGGCUUUUGGACGCUAUGUUGUUGAACCUUUCUUUGCGCCUUGUCCCGCCCCUAUGGCUCUAAUCAAACUCGUCAGUAUCCUCGGAGUGACAUUUGUUGUGGCAGUUAACUGUUGGAGCGUAAGCCUGGCCUCCCGCACGCAGGUUACCUUGACCUUUAUUAAGAUGUUUGCAUUGGUCCUCAUAAUUGUUCCUGGGGUCAUAGCACUGGCCAAAGGUAAAACAGAAAACUUCCAGAAUGGAUUUGAGUUGGACUCCAUAACCCUGGACAGGCUGCCAUUGGCCUUCUAUAACGGUUUAUAUGCAUAUGGUGGAUGGUUUUAUCUGAACUUCGUCACAGAAGAAGUAAUAAACCCAAAUAGAAACAUCCCUUUGGCAAUAAUCUUCUCCAUGGUGACGGUGACAGUGUUUUACGUACUUGUGAAUGUGGCCUACUACACCAUGAUGACACCCGCUGAGCUGCUGCUGUCUGAUGCAGUGGCUGUGACAUUUGCAAACCGCGCUCUUCAAGGGGUUUCCUCUGUAAUUCCUGUUCUGGUUGCUUUGUCUUGCCUUGGAGCUCUUAAUGGCGGCUUCUUCGGGUCACCCAGGAUGUUAUUUGUUGGUGCCAGAGAGGGCCACUGGCCACCAAUCUUCUCAAUGAUACAUAUCCGACGACACACUCCUUUACCUGCUGUACUGUUCUUGUACCCAUUGGUGGUGGUGAUGUUAAUCACAGGGGAAAUCUACCAACUCAUCAACUUCGCAUCUUUUUCUCGCUGGUUCUUUAUCGCCUUGGCAACCUUGGGCAUGCUCAUCCAUCGAUACCGCUUCCCCCACCACCCAAGACCCUUCAAGGUCCCUUUGGCCAUAGCGGUCACCUUCACAGUGGUUUGUUUCUUCAUCGUGGGCCUUUCACUUUACUCGGACCCCUGGAACACAGGACGAAGCUGUGCCCUUACUCUAACAGGAGUGCCAGUUUACUAUGUGACUAUCCAUCGCUUCUGGGUGCCCCGUAGAUUAAGGAACAUUUUCAAUUAUUGCAGCAAGCAGCUUCAGAUUCUACUGGAAGUGGCUCAACAAGAAGUCCAAACAUACUGAAGAUUGUUUUCCACAGACGAUCCUCCUGUUUUUUAAUCUGCUUAGAGUUUGAACUAAAUAGUUGAAAACAUAAAAAAGUAUAUAUCUGAAUUGCAAGUAUAUGCAUUUAAAAAUUCAUUUGACCAGGAAUAAUAAUUCUUCUGACUUUUCAGUCCCUUUUAGCAAAGUAUAAAUACAAAAAUCUCUACAAACUGUAAGAGUUUUAAAAACUUAAUGAUAAUUUACCACUUAUUGAGGUUAGGGAACUUUUUCCAGGGUUCAGGAUUCAACAAGAGGUGUCAAGUAACUUAGUAUUACUACUCAUUUGUUGUACUAUUCCUGUAUGUUUUAAAUUGGGUAUUUUUCUGUGCUAUUUUUACACAAGUAUCUUAGUUUUUACUCCUUACUUCCUCAAUGCUGCCUUGUUAGCGCUAUAUUUGUAUUGAUAACAUGAUUUAGAAGGCUGCAACAAAACUGGUGGUGGGGUUAAAGGGCAAUGAGAGUUGGAGCCGUUUGUUUGUAGAACAUUGAUAGCUACAGUACAUGGAGGAAGGCUGGGAAAGAUAACAGAUGAUCAGAUUCUGAGACACAUUUCAUAUUUAUGCCUCCUUUAUUAGAUUGUAAAUAUACAUGUUGAUCAUCUUCCGA